AUGGGAAUUUUGGUCCCAAUCAAUCUUCUGAAAAAACAAUAGUAUUGCCUGAAAAUUCAUCAAAUCAGGUGAGUGCUGACUUCAAAACGAACUGGCAGUAUUUAACCCCCCAAAACGCUUCACUCUUCAUUCUCACUGCCAGCAUAUUGUGAACAGACAUUAGAAUGAAAUCUCAACUCUUGCCCUAAAAAUUCAAACCCUAAACUUCAAUUUUUACCAAAAGGCGUAAAUUUUGUUUUUAUCUACUUUAUCUCACAAAGGUAGGUUUAGAAAGGUGAAAAUGGCAGGGAGUGUGGCGGUGCAGCUGACGCCGGAGGAAGAAAAGCAAAUCAUCAGGGAAAUUACUACGGCAUCAGGAGCCCACACCAAAGCCGGCGACACAUUCUAUCUGAUUACGCAAAGAUGGUGGCAAGAUUGGCUCAAAUAUGUAAAUCAAAGCCAAACAAGUGUGAUGAACGAUGGAUCUUUCUCUGACCAUCACAAUUCAGUUGGCUCAAGUGCAUCGGCGAGGCCUCGGUGCAUUGAAAAUUCAGAUUUGAUUUAUGAGACAGAAUCUGAGGAUUCUGCUAAGACUAUUGAGCUUCAAGAUACCUUAGUUGAAGGCACCGAUUAUAUAUUGCUUCCUGAAGGAGUUUGGAAUCAAUUAUAUUCAUGGUAUGGAGGUGGUCCCGUAUUGGCUCGAAAGGUAAUUGACUCCGGUCUUUCUCAAACAGAAUUGUCUGUAGAAGUUUAUCCUUUACGGCUUCAAUUGCAUCUGAUGUCAAAAGGUGAUCGGUCUACAAUAAGAAUAAGCAAAAAGGAAACUAUUGGUGAACUUCACAGAAGAGCUUGUGAGAUGUUUGAUCUCAAAACUAAGCAAGUAUAUAUAUGGGAUUACUUUAGCUGUCAGAGGCAUGCUUUGAUGAAUGACAUGGAAAAGACACUCGAUGCUGCAAAUAUACAAAUGGAUCAGGAUAUUUUAGUGGAAGUUCUCAAUAGUGAAACUGGUGGUUGCGCGAGUCCUGUUCAGGAGAAUGGAUCCGCAGACAAUGGAGCCUUAGCUGUUGCUGCUUCACAGUCUAGUUCGUUACCUGCUGGAGGUCUUUAUGUUAACAAAUAUUCAUCAAGAAAUGGUAAUUCAGAGUUGUUGCAGAAUGCAAAUGUUGAGAAGGCAUAUGGACCGAGUGGUGUUAGUACAAGGGGAUCUUCUUGUGGUCUAACUGGACUGUUGAAUCUUGGAAAUACUUGCUUUAUGAACAGUGCAAUACAAUGUCUAGUUCAUACCCCGGAAUUUGCACGAUAUUUUCGAGACGAUUAUCAUCAAGAAAUAAACCGUCAGAAUCCUCUGGGCAUGGUUGGUGAGCUUGCUUUAGCAUUUGGUGAGUUACUUAGAAAAUUGUGGGCACCAGGGCGAACUCCAGUUGCCCCCAGGUCCUUCAAAGCAAAGCUUGCUCGCUUUGCACCACAAUUUAGUGGAUGCAGUCAACAUGAUUCUCAGGAGCUCCUCGCAUUUUUGUUGGAUGGACUUCAUGAAGAUUUAAAUCGUGUUAAACACAAACCAUAUAUCAAAUCUAGAGAUGCAGAUGGCCGACCUGAUGAAGAAGUUGCUGAUGAGUAUUGGGCAAAUCACAUUGCUCGUAAUGAUUCCAUAAUUGUGGAUGUGUGCCAAGGGCAAUACAAAUCGACUCUGGUCUGUCCUGCAUGUAAUAAAGUCUCAGUUACAUUUGAUCCAUUCAUGUAUCUUUCCUUGCCACUUCAAUCCACCAUCACUCGUAGUAUGAUGGUAACUGUUUUUACCUGCGACGGAAGUGCCCUCCCUGCUGCUUGCACUGUAAGUGUUUCAAAGCAGGGACGUUGCAGGGAUUUGAUCCAAGCACUGAGCAACGCUUGUUCUUUGCAACUCAACGAAAAGCUCCUGCUUGCUGAGAUAAGAGGCCACUUGAUUUACCGAUUUUUGGAGGAUCCAUUGAUAUCGUUGUCUUCCAUAAAAGAUGAUGACCACCUUGCUGCCUACAAGAUACCAAAAAUUUUGAAGAAAACUAAGUUUCUUCAACUGAUACACCGCAGGGGAGAACAGGGCGCGGGUAAUUCUCAGGGCACUAUGGGGUGGAAGCCUUAUGGGACCCCUCUUGUUUCUCCCAUCUCAUGUGAUGAAACUAUAACUAGAGGUGAUAUCCAGCUGAUGGUAAACAAAAUGCUCUCGCCAAUGUUAAGAAAAAAUAGCACUGAAUAUCCAGGUAUUAAUUGUUCUAACGCACCCAUGGCAACAUCAAAUCAAUUUCAUGCCACUGGAUCUACUGAAUUUUGUUCCGAUUCAGAUGGUGCCAAUGCAAGACAAUCCUACAGUGGCAGUUUAAAAUCAGUGACUUUCCAUAAACUUCCGCUGCAGUUGGUUGAUGAAAAUAAUGCUUGCAUAGAUUUAACUGUUGGUGAGGAUAAGGUGGUUAAGUUGUCAUCAUCGUCUAUGUCGAUCCUUGUAUUUGCUGAUUGGUCACAAAAGCUUUUGGGAAGUUACGAUACCAGCCACUUAGAAACCUUGCCAGAAGUUUGUAAAUAUGGGCAUGUAAACAAGAAAGCUCGAAGUGAACCUCUCUCCUUAUACACUUGUUUGGAAGCUUUUCUACGUGAAGAGCCAUUGGUCCCUGAAGACAUGUGGUAUUGUCCUCAAUGCAAGGAGAGGCGCCAAGCAAGCAAGAAGCUGGAUCUUUGGAGGCUUCCCGAAGUGCUGGUUAUUCAUCUAAAAAGGUUCUCUUACAGCAGAUCGAUAAAGCAUAAGCUAGACACAUUUGUAAAUUUUCCAAUUCACGACUUCGAUGUGACUAGUUACAUAGCCAACAAGAACACCCCACAUCAGAUCUAUGAACUCUAUGCCUUGACAAAUCAUUACGGUGGCAUGGGAAGUGGGCACUAUACAGCUCAUAUUAAGCUUCUUAAUGAAAAUAGGUGGUACAACUUCGAUGACAGCCACAUAUCAGUAAUCAAUGAAGACGACGUAAAAUCAGCUGCUGCUUACGUGCUAUUCUACAGGAGGGUGCAUUCAGAUAAAUCUUCUGCCAGUAAUGGUGCAUACUCGACCGGCGAAUGCCAGAACUACCAUAACUGAAAUCGAGGUGGACAUCAUUUGUUUAUAGUGAAACUGUUAAAGCUAUAUCUAUUACAAAAUAUUCAGACCUUCACAGUCCAUAGGAAUUCCGAGGUCAGUAUCUUAGGAUUAAACAGUUAUCUCGGAUGAGAUUUUGUAUUUGAGUACUAGAUGGUCUUGUAAGUUAAAUCUUGUUGAAGACUAGGCGAUUGAUGAAUUACCGUAUGUCAA